AUGCCCUAUAAAGCACUGUCAUAUCAAAAAGCCGUUAACGGUGCAACAAAGAUUAAAUUAGCAGCACCAAAACAAAAAUAUUUGGAACGUAUUUUGGGAGCCACAUAUUCGGGAGAUAUUGCAUUAUUUGAAGUAUUUAGCGCACUUUUUUCACGUCUUCGUGAGCCUUCAUGGACAAUUGUCUUUAAAAGUCUUAUUGUUAUUCAUAUUAUGAUUCGUGAUGGAUCUAGGGAUAUAACACUACAAUAUUUAUCUAAUAAUAUGAGAUAUUUUUCUAUAAAGGAGCUAUUUGGGGAUACAAGUUUUUUCUCAUAUGAUUCUGGUGGUCUUUUAUUUCUAGGAGAACUAGCAAUAUCUCAACAAAGUAGAAACAUUCAAAAUUAUGGUCUUUAUCUUCAAGAAAAGAUACAGAGUUUUAAAGAUGUACAAGUAGAUUAUGUUUAUGCAAAAAGCAGUAAAACAAUAGAAGGAAGAUUGCGUAGAUUAACAGUAGCAAAAGGACUUCUUCGAGAAGUAGAAAUUGUUCAACGACAGAUUGAUACAUUACUUUGUUGCAAAUUUUUGGAAGAUGGGCUAACAAAUAACAUAACUAUUGUAGCAUUUAGAUUACUAAUCGGAGAUCUUUUGUCUCUGUUUCAAGUAAUUAAUGAAGGGGUAAUCAAUGUUCUUGAACACUAUUUUGAAAUGUCAAGAUAUGAUGCGGAAAAGGCUCUUGAAAUAUACAAAAAGUUUGUUAAACAGACAGCAAAUGUUUCAGAUUAUUUGUCGUUUGCAUGUAGGAUGGAAACUUUGACAUGUAUAGAAGUUCCAAAUAUUAAACAUGCGCCGGUAGGCCUUUCCCGUGCAUUACAAGAGUAUUUGGAUGACAAGAACUUUGAGAAAAAUAGACUUCAAUAUAUUGAAAAUAAAAAUGCUCUUGAUUCCAGUAAAAAAAAAGCAAAUUUAACUGUUCCAUCAGCUAAAACCUCUUCAAAGAAAAAGACCACAGAUACUCAAUCUUUAUCGGGAAAUACUCAAAAGCAAAAUUCAAACAAUAUUAAUCUAAUCGACUUUUUUUCAAGUAUUGAGAAUGAACAAGCUUUUAUGUUUCCGAGUGCUCCUAUGAAGAACAUAGCUUAUGAACCUUCGAAUUUUUCGGGAAUUCAACCAACGCAACCAAUACAACCAAUACAAACAGUCGUUAAUUCUGCUCCGGAAGAACAAUCAAUAGUUUCAUUUCCUCAAAAUGUGCCUUCGCAAAUGCAGCCACAAGUACAAGUGUCUUAUGGGUUAUAUAAUCAGUAUUCUUCAGCUUUUCACCCUAAUAAUGCACCUUAUCAAUCCACUCAACCAAUUAUGCAGAACCCUAAUUCGUUUCAAGCUUCUUUUCCUAUAAAUCAAAAACAGGACUAUAAUUCUAUUUAUCCUAUGCAAGCUAAUUUCUCCGGUUCUGCAUAUGGUAUAUAUCAUAUGCAAUCAAAUGCUCAUCCAUUUAAUCAAACACAUCAUUUUAAUCAAAUCGUUCCGUCGCCAGUUUUAGAAACAAACAAUUCUAGUAUUAAUCAUACAAAUCCCUUUCAUCGACCUCCGCUGUCUAUGAAUACUGAGUUUGAGCAUCAAAGAACUCUUCUAACAAAUCAAUUUCCUCCUACUAUAACAUCAACUCAAUUUCCACCUCCUACGAAUCCAUUUUCGAAAAGUUAUGACAAUGUAACAACACCAUUUUUAGAUCCCAAAGCACGAACUGUUCGACAAAAUGCGUCUACUCUCCCUUUUGCUCAGAAACCAAGGACGAAUCCAUUUUCCAAUGACAAUCUUCCCUCAGAACAUGGAAAAUAA